GCCGAAUGGCGCCUUCCAUUUCUGCGAAACUCGAGAUCGGUGCUCCCGGCACUGCAGUGGUUCCCUAAGGCGGCUGUUUGUGACUUUCCCUGGGAGACUGCAAUGGCUUUCCCUCACCUACAGCAGCCCAGCUUCCUCCUGGCUAGCCUGAAAGCUGACGCUAUAAAUAAGCCCUUUGCACAGCGUUGCCAAGAUUUGGUGAAAGUCAUUGAGGAUUUUCCAGCCAAGGAAUUGCAUGCCAUCUUCCCAUGGCUGGUGGAGAGCAUCUUUGGCAGCCUGGAUGGUGUCCUUGUUGGUUGGAAUCUCCGAUGCCUACAGGGGCGUGUGAACCCUGUGGAGUACAGCAUUGCAAUGGAAUUUUUAGACCCAAGUGGCCCAAUGAUGAAGUUGGUUUAUAAGCUUCAAGCUGAAGACUAUAACUUUGACUUUCCUGUCUCCUACCUUCCUGGCCCUGUGAAGGCAUCCAUUCAAGAGAAUGUCCUCCCUGACAGUCCUCUGUACCACAACAAGGUCCAGUUCCCCCCGACCGGAGGCCUUGGCCUGAACCUGGCUCUCAAUCCGUUCGAAUACUACAUGUUCUUCUUUGCUUUGAGCCUCAUCUCUCAAAAGCCAAUGCCUACGCCCCUCCAUGUCCGCACCUCAGACUGUGCCUAUUUCAUCCUCGUGGACAGGUACCUGUCAUGGUUCCUGCCCACUGAAGGCAGCGUGCCUCCACCCUUCUCCUCUAGUCCAGGGGGAUCCAGCCCGUCACCAGCUCCCAGGACGCCAGCCAUGCCCUUUGCCUCCUAUGGUCUUCACACUAGCCUCUUGAAGCGACACAUCUCUCAUCAGACAUCUGUGAAUGCAGACCCUGCCUCUCAUGAGAUCUGGCGGUCAGAAACCCUCCUCCAGGUUUUUGUUGAAAUGUGGCUUCAUCAUUACUCCCUGGAGAUGUACCAAAAAAUGCAGUCCCCUCAUGCCAAGUUGGAGGUUCUACACUACCGACUCAAUGUCUCCAGCGCCCUCCACAGCCCUGCCCAACCCAGCCUCCAGGCCCUCCACGCCUAUCAAGAGUCCUUCACGCCCACCGAGGAGCACGUGCUGGUGGUGCGCCUGCUGCUCAAGCACCUGCACGCCUUUGCCAACAGCCUGAAGCCAGACCAGGCCUCACCGUCGGCACACUCCCAUGCCACCAGUCCCCUCGAGGAGUUCAAGCGGGCUGCAGUGCCUCGGUUUGUCCAGCAGAAGCUGUAUGUCUUCCUGCAGCACUGUUUUGGCCACUGGCCUCUGGAUGCAUCCUUCAGAGCCGUCCUGGAGAUGUGGCUGAGCUACUUGCAGCCGUGGAGGUAUGCCCCUGAGAAGCAGGCUCAGGGCAGUGAUUCCCAGCCACGGUGUGUGUCGGAGAAAUGGGCACCCUUCAUCCAGGAAAACCUGCUGAUGUACACCAAGCUGUUUGUGAGCUUCUUGAAUCGUGCACUCCGCACAGACCUUGUCAGCCCUAAGAACGCACUCAUGGUAUUCCGGGUGGCUAAGGUCUUUGCCCAGCCCAAUCUGACGGAGAUGAUCCAGAAAGGUGAGCAGCUGUUCCUGGAGCCAGAGCUCAUCAUUCCCCACCGCCAACAUCGUCUUUUCACAGUCACCAGCAGCUUCCUGUCACCAUGGCCCCCAGUUGUGACAGAUGCCUCCUUCAAGGUGAAGAGCCAUGUCUACAGCCUGGAGGGCCAGGACUGCAAAUACACCCCAAUGUUUGGUCCUGAAGUUCGGAACCUGGUCUUGCGCCUUGCUCAGCUCAUCACACAGGCCAAGCAGACUGCCAAGUCCAUCUCUGAUCAGUGUGUAGAGAGCCCAGCUGGCUCUUCCUUCCUGUCAUGGCUGGGCUUUGGCCCCACAGACCCAAAUAGCUCCUAUCCUGCUAACGACCUGGAUGAGAUGGGUCAGGACAGCGUCCGCAAGACAGAUGAGUACCUGGAGAAAGCCCUGGAGUACCUGCGCCAGAUAUUCCGGCUCAGUGACGCCCAGCUGACCCAGCUCACACUUGCCCUGGGCAAUGCACGGGAUGAGAAUGGGAAGCAGCAGCUCCCAGAUUGCAUCGUUGGGGAAGAAGGACUCAUCCUUACACCCCUGGGCCGCUACCAGAUCAUUAAUGGUCUUCGAAGGUUUGAAAUUGAGUACCAGGGGGACUUAGAGCUGCAGCCUAUCCGGAGCUACGAAAUCACCAGUCUGGUCCGAGCGCUCUUCCGGCUGUCCUCUGCCAUCAACCGCAGAUUUGCAGGCCAGAUGGCAGCUCUGUGCUCCCGGAAUGACUUUCUCGGCAGCUUCUGUCGCUAUCACCUCACUGAACCUGCCCUGAGCAACAGACACCUGCUCAGCCCUGUGGGACGGAGGCAGGCGGCCACUCCUGCCCGGGCCCCCAGGCUCAGCCUGCGUUUCCUGGGCAGUUACCGGACACUGCUGCUGCUCCUGAUGGCCUUCUUUGUAGCCUCUCUGUUCUGCAUUGGGCCCCUGCCCUGCUCCUUGCUCCUGGUCCUAGGCUACCUCUUCUAUGCCGUAGCUAUGACGCUGCUCACUGAGCGGGGGAAGCUGCACCAGCUCUGACCUGCUGGUUACUACUCUCUCCAGAGCAGACUUGCGGGCCUGAGAGGCCCUGGCUGGUGCUUUGAAGCUAGGAAUAGAGGGGAGGUCAUGUUCAGAGUUCUUGGCAGCAGUUUCCCUCCAAAGGAGGGGUUAUUCAGAAGAACGCAGAGUAGGAAGAACAUGGUCCAGGCAGGCCUGCCAUGGAUGGGAUGGUGUCAGAAGGUUCAUGUCUUGAGGACAAUCAGUGCUGGGCUAUGGGUUGCCUUCAGCCCAAGGUCCCACAAGCAGCUGAGCUAGCUAUCAAGGCCUUUGUAAGCAUCUUACUGUUUUGCUGUACAGAGCUCAGGAACUAGUGUGCCCACAGCAGUACAGACCUUGUGGGAGCUGAGCCUGCAUAGGUCUUUCUGUGAGGUGGGCAAAAUGGUAUCUUCUCUCCGUGAAAUACCAGGGCAUCAGCUCAGUAUCCACUCCAAAGGAGAAGCAAAAUUUUUAAGAGACUGAGAAAAGUCAGCUUUUGAUUCUCUUUAAACAUCAAUUUGCUACCACCUUUGGUCUUUGUUCUCCUGGCUAAUCAGCCCUGAAGACCCCGAGCACCAGGAAUGACAGGACAGGGCCUGGCACAUGGGCCACAAGCCAUUAAGUGAGCAUUUUAUUUAGAGUUGGUUCCAGGCCCACAGGGGCACAUGGCAGGCAAGCAUUGUAGAUGGCCACUGGUCCUUAGCAGCUUGGGGAUGGAGUUGGAUUCUGCCAGCUUCUGUGGAUGCAAGACUCAGCAGCAUUGGUUUCACCCGUAAAACCAAGGACUUCAAGGGAAGCUCCCAUCUGUAGAAAUGCCUGUAUGAAGAACCCAACCCCUCACAUCAGCACUAAGACACCAAAGGCCUAAUGUGACACUAGCAGCAGCACCAUCUCCGUGGUGUUCUUAAACCAGUCCUUUGUUUUUAAAGAAAAAAAACUUUUUUCCUUCAAGUUUUAUCACUGGGCCUUAUAUUUUGAUGUAAGUUCAGAAUACAUCAUGGGACCCAUGACCAGAAGUCAACCCAAAAUAUAACUGACCAAGGAUCCGAAUAAACCAUUCUUGCUUCGGAGACUUUCA